AUGGAGAGUUAUAAAUAUGCCGUUGAUGCCUGUAUUCGAUGUAGUAUUAAGCAAAUCAAAUGCGACAAUAAAGAGGUCUGUGAACAUUGCAAGGGGACAAAAAAUGAUUGUCAUCGAAACAAAACCGUAAAAAAAGAAGUCAAAAGAUAUCAAAGACUGAAUAGAUCAUACAAACGCUUUCGUAAACAAUUUGAAACACUUCAUAAACAAAUUUUACAAACCAAAACUACUGACGAGCAGGAAAUGUUAAAUCGAUUAUUAAAUCUUAGCAAUCAAGUCGAAGCGCUUCAUCAUCAAAUUUUACAAACCAAAACUAUUAUUGAUGAACAAAGGAUUUCAAAUCCAUUAUUGAAUUAUUAUUUUAACAAAUUUAAUUUUGGUAAUAAUAACAAAGUUAAAGCACUUCAUCAACAAAUUUUACAAAAUAUAACUAAUAUUAAUGAGCGAAGAAUGUCGAAUCUAUCAUCCAAUUAUUAUUUUAACAAUAAUAAUCAAGCACUCCAUCAACAAAAGUUACAAAUCAAAACUACCAAAAGUGAGCAAGAAAUGUCAAAUCUAUUAUUAAACGAUUUUAGUCAUAAUAAUAAUAAUUCCAAUAUCAACAACACCGAUUUAUGA